AUGGAGCCGGCGGCGGCCGUGCCGGGCAACCUCUCCCGCGGCGGCGGCGGCGGCGGCGGCGGCAAUGAGAGCGGCGGAGCGGCGGCGGGAGCGGCGGCGGGGUGGUCUGCGGCGGCGCUGGCCUCGCAGGCGCUGGCGCUGCUGCUCAUCUUCGCCCUCUCGGCGCUGGGCAACGGGGCGGUGGUGCUGGUGAUCGCCCGGCACCGGCAGCUCCGCACGGUCACCAACGCCUUCGUGCUGUCGCUGUCGCUGUCGGAGCUGCUGGGCGCCCUGCUCUGCCUGCCCCUGGCCUUCCUCAGCCUGCUCAGCCGCCCGCCCGGCGCCUGGCUCUUCGGGCAGCGCCUCUGCCUGGCCAGCGCGGCCCUCCAUGCCGGGCUGGGCAUCGCCGCCACCCUCACCAUGGCCCUCCUCUCCUUCGACCGCUACUGCGCCAUCGUCCGCCAGCCCCGACACAAGAUGGGCCGCCGCCGCGCCGCCCAGCUCCUGGCCGCCGUCUGGCUGGCCGCCCUGGCCCUGGCCGGACCCUGGUACGGGCUGGCGGGCGAGGGGCAGCGGGAGGCCCGGCCCGGGGCCUACCGCUGCGUCUACGUGCUGCCCUGGGGCUCCUCCCGGCUGGGGCCGCCCUACGGCGCGGCCCUCAUCGUGCUCUGCUACCUCCUGCCCUUCGCCCUCAUGUGCUUCUGCCACUACAACAUCUGCCGGGCCGUGCGGCUGGCCGAGAGCCGCGUGCGGCCCCUCACCACCUACGGGCACCUGCUGCGGGCCUACGGGGAGAUGCGCACGGCCACCACCGUCCUCAUCAUGAUCGUCUCCAUCAUCUGCUGCUGGGGGCCCUACUGCAUCCUGGGGCUGGCCGCCGCCGCCGGCCACCUGCCCUUCUCGCCCACCAUGGACGCCGUAGCCAGCGGGAUGGCCUGGGCCAACGGCGCCAUCAACCCACUCAUCUACGCCGCCCGCAACCCCAACAUCUCCGUGCUGCUGCGGCGCAGUCGUGAGGGUGGCUACAGGACUAGGAACAACGUGGCGGCCUACCUCUCGGUCCCGGGCCGCCAGCCGGAGCCCUGGAACCGGGCUGACCGCGUCCGGGAGCGCUAUGUCAACCGGCACAGCGGCCCCCCGGGCAGCGCCCUGACCUCCUCCAGCCCGGCGAGCGGGGCAGAGGUGGCCAUGUGGGCCUGCAAGAACCCUGCUGUACUCUUCUGUCGGGAUGGGCAACCAGACACCAUCUCUGAGGCUGCCUUGCCGGCCAAAGCGGACACCGUCGACACCAGCCUCUGAAGGGAUGGGGGUCUGGGGUGGAGUCACUGGGCUCCGGGGCUGUCUCCCUGAGGAAAUGCAGGCAGCCCCAGCUCUUGGAGCCCUUUGCAGCCAGAUUACCGGGAAAUGGGAGAGACGGGUCUGCGUGAGCCACAGUGUGGUUUCUUCUCUUUUGUAUGAACUGGUUUGGAUACCCAGUCUGCGAGCAGCGAGAGCUCCACAGGGAAAUCAAGUCCCUCUUCACUUUCAGCAGGCCUGACACACUGGUGAUAGCCGCCAAGCCCAGCUAGCACAAGAGCUUGACUGGAAGAAUGAAACGGUGUUUGCUCCAGUGCUGCAGAAAGUGCCACAGUGAAGCUAAGAGACAGACACACAAAUGCAGCCCAAACUGAUUGACUGUGUGAGCUGUAUCUGAUGUUAAGUGCUAAAAAAAGCGCUUGAAAGCUGAGCACUGGCAGCUGGAAGACACUCUGAAAACACCACACUGUGAAAAUGGUAUCAUGGCAAGAAAAUGUUGCUUUAACCCAUCAUAUGUGGAAGUGCUGAUAGUCAGAAAGUCAUAGGCCUGUAGGACAGGCUAGAAAAGUGAUCUAUUAAGAAAGAUGAUUUUUUUUUUUUCUUCAAACUCCCAAGCAUAACAAAACAGUAAUUGUUGUGACAGGGAAGAUAUAUGUUAUCAGGAGGGAGGGAAAGGAUGGUGAAACCUCAGCUGUCAGAAUUUCAGCAGCCUUUUCUUUUUUUUUGCAGGUAUAGUCAGCUUAAAAUACUAUGAAUAUGAGAAAUGAGUGUUCUUCAGACAGACUGAGGAAAAGGGUGUGGGUGUAGACUGCUAUCACUGAGUUUGUGCACAAGGUGUGCGUUUUCUUUCUGAGCUCAUCCAAAGUGUCUCACAUCUCUUAAGAGUUUAACCAUGUUUAGAGGAGCCAUGUGAGAGAGGUGAGUAUCUGAAAGGAGAGGUAAAGCAAUAUCAUGUGCUCUUUGUGUGCUCUUAAGCAUGUGAAAAUGUGUAUAUGCAGAGAACAGCUAUUACUGUAUUGAUGGCAGCAAUCUGCUGCUGGAGUUUAAUAUUUAAAAGCCAACUCUGUUUGCCAUUGAAAAAAAGGAAAAUAAUACAAUGGAAGUGCGAUUGCACGGCAUAAAUUCAUGUGAAUUUAUCGGUGUAAUUUUUUUGUCCAAAGGCCUAAAGCCUUAAAUUAGUAUUUUGAAUCAGGAGCUAAGACUGGGCCUUCCUUUAUCUUUGCCAGAGUUAAAUGUGAAGAACAGGAAGUGUUUUUCCUUGUACAGGCUUUAAAAAUAAAAUGUUACUGUUUUACUGGCUUUUUCAACUGUUUGUGGUCCAAGUGAACAUACUAUCAUUAUUUUGUAAGUGAGACAAGAAAUAAAUUGUCUUUUAUGCAGGAGAUGAAA